AUGCUGGACAGUGGUCUGAUUUCCUUACAAAGGCAGUUCUCCAAGUUCUUUUCUAAAUGCAGUGAGAAGACAGAAGACACGAGUGAAGGAGAGAGUCUCCCCUCCAAAGGAAUGGAGGACACAACUCAGCUGGAUCAACAAUGGAACUGCCCAAUGGAAGAACUGUGCCGCCACAAAUGUGGAACUCGGAGAUGGAAAUCCUUUGUACAAAAAGGCUGGACAAUCGCCUUCAUGGUCAGUCUGUGGUGUUGUCUUCCUGCUGGGCUUGUCAGUGGGAAUGGGCUGGUCAUUUCCUCAUCACCCGGCUUCCCAUAUGAAGAAGACGGUCCAAACACCAUCUGGUUCCCUCAACUUGGCCAUCACGAACUCUCACCUUUGCACCCCUCUUCCUCCUGCCGGGUUAUUAACAUUGUCUACUUGGCCCAGGGCUUUCACUGGUCCUUGGGGGAGGCCAUGUGCAAGUUCAACCACACAUUGACCUUUGUCAACCUCUACGCCAGCAUCCACUUCCUCAUGGUCAUCAGCAUAGACCGCUGUAUUUCUGUGAUAUGCCCUGUGUGGACAAGAAAUCACCGGAGACCCCGUCUGGCCUGCUUUGUGGCUUUGGGGGUUUGGAUCUGGGCCAUGGUGUUGAGUUCACCAUAUAUCCAUUUCAGAAAGACCGUGAAAAAUGGUGACGAGAUUUACUGCUACGAUAAAUACAGCGACAAUGUUGAGCAGGCAAAAGUCAUCCACUGUGUUAUGGUUAUCAGCCGCUUCAUCUUCACCUUUGUGAUCCCUUUUCCAGUCAUUAUUUUUUGCUAUGGGGCCAUUGUUUUGAGGCUGAGGAGGGACCGCUUGGCCUCCUCCAGCAAGCCCUUCAAGGUCAUCAUGGCAGUGAUCCUGGCCUUUUUCAUCUGCUGGUUCCCCUUUCAUGUUUUCUCUUUCUUGAAUAUUCAAGGUUACGAGGAUCACAGCCUGCAUCUGCCACUCAUUAUCGGUAAUACUCUAGCAUACAGUCUGACCCUCAUCAACAGCUGCCUCAACCCCAUCCUUUAUGUCUUCAUGGUGCACGAUUUCAAGAAAAAACUCAAAAGCUCCAUCCUCUCUCAGGUGUUUGGCAGGAAGGCCUUUCUGCCGAGGGACGCUGCCAGCCAAGAGUCACGACUCAAACAAAGACUCUCAGAUCCUCGGAGUGGGAGCUGCUGGACUCCUGACUUUUAUGUAUGA